CCAUCUUUCACUUUACCAACUCUCCUCCUCCUGAAGCUACUGCAAGAAGCUUUCAUGGAGAUGGGAUUGCUCUAUCGGUACAGAAGAAUCUAGCUGUUUAUCCAUCGUUUUCUUCGUCAUGGGAUUGGAGGAACUUGGCAUCUUAAUAAAGUUAUCAUAAAGUGAGGCCUCUUUUCUGGUGGUUGUGUACGGAUUCUCUUUUUUACAGGUAUGGAUUUUGACGACGGACCUGAGAAGCAAGAAGAUGAAGUUAGUACUAUAAAAAUCUCAAAUGGGUUUUCUAUUUCUCGAGCUACCUUGGCUUCUAUGGAGUCCUUGUCUCUGCCAAUAGUUCAGGAGGUUGUUGUUUUUGCUGAUAUGCAAUGUAAGAACUGCCAGAAGAGAGUUUCUGACAUUAUCACCAAAAUGAACGAGACAGAAUCAUUGGAAGUGAACGUGUUGGAAAAGAAGGUGACUCUUACUUUCAGAUUGCCCACUGUUGCUGAAGUGAUGCGCCACCGCCAAUUAGCUCCGAUCACUCGCUCCCCUUUCCCUAAAGCUGCCCUUAUCAAACGCUUAUUUCGCUCUCUUCACGUCCUUCACUAGUUCUUAUCUGGAUCUGAAUUGUUCAUCUCGGAUCUGGAUCCGACUCUUGUUAUUAUCUCAAGAUUACGGGUCAUUUUUACUUGAAAAGUAUUUACGAAGAAGUUGUGGGUAUUUGAAAAUUUUUGUUGUCUCAACGUUGUUUUGAAAAUGUUUUCUUUAACACCUAUGAGGUUAUAUGGAGUCAUAAAAAUUUUUUCGAAUACUCACAGUCCUACUAUAAAUACUUUUAGCACAAAAAUGACUCUUAAGCUUUUGAUCAUAUCAAUAUUUUACAUGAUUUUGCCUUGUAUAGAAUAAGUGCUUGAAGAAAAAUGUAAAAUCUCUCUUUUUCAUGUAAUUUUUUUUUCAACUUUUAAGGCCUUUUACAUUUUUUUUUCUGGCAGAAAAAUUAAAGUGAACAGUGGCAAAUCACACAAGGGGAAGAAAAAAAAGGCAUUUCUUUAGUUUUUUAUCCAUCAUAUCGUUGUGAUUCCCUACCCUCCCACAAUCACGCUCUCUAGUGGUGGGAUUAGAAUUAUGAGGUCUACUAAGUGAAUGGACCCAAGUGUUCUAAUGAUUCAGGAAUCUUUCAUAUUCUCGGUUUUCUUAAUCUUUUUUUAUGUCUUACAAUUUUUUGAUGUGGAACAUUAGUUUCAGAAUCUUUUGACGUUAGAGAUCCUAAUCAAGUCUCGCGGCUUUAUUAA